UUAUCCCCCGCGCCCCCCUCAGCCGAGUGGUACGGCCCAACAUGGCGGGCAGCGCGCGGGGCUAGGCGGGCCCUCAGGGGAAGGGGAGCGGCGCGGCGGGACGGCGGCGGGGGCAGCAUGAGCAACAUCUACAUCCAGGAGCCGCCCACGCACGGCAAGGUUUUACUGAAGACAACAGCUGGAGACAUUGACAUUGAACUCUGGUCAAAAGAAGCACCAAAAGCAUGCCGAAACUUUAUCCAGCUUUGUAUGGAAGAUUAUUAUAACAACACAAUAUUUCAUAGAGUUGUGCCUGGUUUUAUAGUUCAAGGAGGUGAUCCCACCGGUACUGGAUCAGGUGGAGAGUCGAUUUAUGGGGCUCCCUUCAAGGAUGAAUUCCAUUCACGAUUGCGUUUUAAUCGAAGAGGACUGGUUGCUAUGGCAAACGCUGGUCCUCAUGAUAAUGGCAGUCAAUUUUUCUUUACUCUGGGUCGUGCAGAUGAACUUAACAACAAGCACACCAUCUUUGGCAAGAUUACUGGGGACACAAUAUAUAAUAUGAUACGACUGGCUGAAGUAGAAACGGACAAGGAAGAAAGACCACUCAACCCACACAAAAUAAAAAUUAGUGAGGUUUUGUUUAAUCCUUUUGAUGAUAUCAUUCCAAGAGCAAAUAAAAAGCUGAAAAAGGACAAACCAGAAGAAGAAGUAAAAAAGUCCAAGUCCAAAGGCACAAAAAAUUUUAACUUGCUUUCCUUUGGAGAGGAAGCUGAAGAAGAAGAGGUAGAAGUCAACAAAGUUAGUCAGAGUAUGAAGGGGAAAAGUAAAAGUAGCCAUGACUUGCUGAAAGAUGAUCCACAUCUAAGUUCAGUUCCUGCUGUCAAAAGUGAAAAAACAAAUGAAGUAGGGGAUUCAAGUGAGAAGGAAGAUAAUGAUGAAGAGGAUGAAAAUAAAAUUGAUACUAAUGAAGAAAAUGAAGUAAAGAAUCGCAUUGCUAAAAAGCUGAAAAAAGUUUCAAGUGAAAAUGAAAAACUACCAUUCAAGGAAGAAGAAAUAAAAACAGAAAAGAAAACUACUACCCGCAGGUAUGCAGCGUACAAUUUUUUCUGAUUUAAAGAUUUUAUU